AUGUCUAUCGCCUCACCAACCGUCCUUCCACGACAUGCACGCUUUCCGGUUCUGCUCCCAGACCUUCCACACCCUUACCCUAUACCACCACAAAAUCAGGGACGGUCGUAUGGACGUCUCAAAGCGAUGCGCAAUCUGCAACGUGAAAUGGAUGAUUUGAGCGAUGAGGAAAAUGAGGUGGAGGAAAUGAACUCCAACGUUCGACACCGAGGCUUUGGCACUCUGAUUCCCAUUGGACGUACAUUGACGCAGCAAGAAGAAAAAAACGACGCCGAGGAUGAAGAGUCUGACUCUGAAUCUGGACAGUCAAACGGGCCACCAUCCGUUGGGGAGGAUAUUGCAGAAAACUCGACACAAGACCUCGAUGCCAGCAUGGAGGAUCUCGAUGAAGAUGGAGAUGAUGACCAAGACUCUGAUGACGAUGACGAUGAGCCAGAAGAGGGUUCUUCCGAAUUGUGA